CCUGCUUUUGCCAAUUUGACAUCUUUGAAAAAUUUGGUGUUGAAGAAUAACAAUUUGACCGGGUCGAUACCGGCUAACUUGUUAACCUUGACGCAGCUUCAGCUUCUUGAUGUUUCCAAUAACAAUCUUUCUGGGGAAAUUCCGCAAUUCCCAUAUACGGUGAAGUUAAUUACAACAGGCAAUGUCUUGAUCGGGACUACUCCCAGCUCUGGAGGUGGAGGAGGACCUCCAUCCGGGUCUGGUUCGAAUGGAACUACACCCAAUGGGAAUCCGGCUCCGGCUUCGGGUGGUUCUUCAGUGUCUCCUGGUAUGAUUGCUGGUAUAGUUAGUGGUAUUGUUAUUUUCAUUGCGGUGCUUUUGUUUGUGUUUGUGUUCAUCAAAUGUUAUGGAAAUAAAAAGCAUGUUGUGAGGAUAGUGGCUAGUGAAAAUGGGUGCAAUGGAGUCCCAAGUGAUAAGACUGGCCUUCAUCUUUCUGAGAGUGGAAAUGUUGCAAUUUCGAUCGAAGUUCUUCGAAAAGUGACAAACAACUUUAGUGAGGAUAAUAUAUUGGGGAGAGGAGGAUUUGGAGUUGUUUACAAAGGUGAAUUGCAUGAUGGGACUAGAAUUGCUGUUAAAAGGAUGGAAUGUGUGGCAGUGAGCACUGAAGGAAUGAAUGAGUUCGAGGCAGAAAUUGCAUUCCUAGCUAAGGUCAAGCAUAGGCAUCUAGUUGCUCUUUUAGGAUACUGCAUCAAUGGAAAUGAGAGGCUUUUGGUGUACGAGUACAUGCCACAAGGGACAUUAACACAGCACUUGUUUAAUUGGCGUGAGAACGGCGUACCUCCUCUUACUUGGAGGCAGAGAAUCACAAUAGCAUUGGAUGUGGCAAGAGGAGUUGAAUAUCUGCAUGGCUUAGCUCCACAAAGUUUCAUUCAUAGAGACUUAAAACCCUCUAACAUUCUUCUAGGGGAUGACAUGAGGGCCAAGGUGGCCGACUUUGGCUUGGUAAAACAUGCCCCUGAUGCGAAUUCUGUUGAGACUCGGGUGGCAGGGACGUUCGGUUAUCUUGCACCAGAAUAUACAGCUACCGGACGAGUGACAACAAGAGUAGAUGUUUAUGCAUUUGGAGUGGUGUUGAUGCAACUUUUGAGUGGGAAGAAGGCCUUAGAUGAUGCAAUUCCCGAUGAAAGGUCUCUCUUGGUUACAUGGUUCCGCAGAUUCCUUAUUAAGAAGGAAAACAUUCCAAAGGCUAUUGACGAAACUCUUAAGAGCCAUGAUGAGGAGAAAAUGGAGUGUAUAUACAAAGUUGCUGAGCUAGCAGGACAUUGCACUGCUCAUAAUCCAUUCCAAAGACCAGAGAUGGGCUAUGUGGUCAACAUCCUGGCUCCUCUGGUUAGGAAUUGGAAGCCUACCAGUCAUGAAGAAGAAGAAAAGUAUGGCAUUGAUCGGCACAUGAGCCUUCCUCAAGGAUUGGAAUGGCAAGCCAAUGAAGAUGCUUCUGAUGUUGAAGUCUUUUGGCUUACCAGUAUUCCCAGAAGUUUAAGUUGUUAGGAUUUUAGACCAACAAUUGUUUUAUAUUCUAUCACUUACCCUCAUAUGUGAGCCUCUUUUCCACAUUUGGAAAGCAAGAAAACUUCUGGGGUCCCUAAUGGUUUCCCCUACAAGUCUAUAUAUUGAAAUACCAAGUAGGACCCUGGCUCCCUACUGGUGGACAUUUUGAAACAGCAACUAAAUUCUCAUUUAACAAAUUUAAUAGUA